CUCAGCAACCGCCAACUCUGAAGCUGAAGCUGAAGCCCCUGAGCUCACCCUCCAACAUGAAGGUCUCCACUGGGAUUCUGUGCCUGCUGCUCGUGGCAGCCACCUUUGGCACCCAGGUGCUCGCUCAGCCAGAUUCAGUUUCUAUCCCAAUCACCUGCUGCUUUAGUGUGACCAAUGGGAAGAUCCCCUUCAAGAAGCUGGACAGCUACACAAGAAUCACCAACAGCCAGUGUCCCCAGGAAGCUGUGAUCUUCAAGACCAAAGCGGACAAGGAGGUCUGUGCUGACCCCAAGCAGAAGUGGGUCCAGAAUUCCAUAAAGCUCCUGGACCAAAAGUCCCGAACACCGAAGCCUUGAACCUUCAUACCUGGAC